AUGAAGCCAUCCUCGCUCCUCAGCAAGGCCGUCGCCGCCGCCGCCACAGCCCCCAGCCUCGCCCACGCCCUGCCCUCCCCAUCCCCGACGACCACGGCGCCGCCCUCGGGCUCUGCCACCCCACGCCACGAGCCCCUGCCGCUCGCCACGCCGCUCAACUGGUACGCCGGCCGCACGCUGUUCCCCGGCCAGAUCCUCGCGGGCUUCGGGGCGCCAUACGCGGACCACACCAUGGAGACGUGGGCCGAGCACGUGCUCAGCCAGUGCAAGGCCAAUGAUGAAUGCAACUCGACAAUCUCGUUUGCCGCGGUCGACGAAAAGACGGGCAAGACAUGCUGGCACGGGUACAUCUUCUGGGGCAAACACACCACCCGUGACGACUACAGCAGGUCGAGCCGCGUGCACGGCUCGGUCGCCUAUAACGUCCUGCGUCAACCCAAGGCUUGA